ACCGUAGACAGUCCAUCAAGUCCUCCGAGAAAGAAGCGUAGAAAGGUCAACCAUGCCUGUGUCUAUUGUCGUCGAUCACACAUGACAUGCGACCUCGAACGACCAUGCGCCAGAUGCGUCAAACGCGACAUUGCCCACCUCUGCCAUGACGAACCACGAGAGCCUGCAAAAGGCAAGAAACCAGACACUGAUACUCCUCCCGCCGAAACCACUGCCAACCAAGACGAACGCCGAAGUAGCCUGAGAAUGGACCCUCCAAGCAUUCAACACUCCAAACCACUGUCGCCUACACACAUCAAGCAACAGACUCAGCCUCCACCCACUCAACAGCCCUUCUCCAUAAACGACUGGAACUUUGGCUCUACAAACCAGUUACACGACAUGAGAAAUCUACAUCCCAACUACACCUUCAAUACUUCAGAAGUCACAGACGAAUACAAUUUCCUCGGCGACUUUCUCAACAACAGUUUACUAGACGAUGGCGCAACCUACAACCUCGACGACUCGAAUCCAAUCUUCAACGAUCCUUUGCUGGCAACAGGCUCCCUCUCCACCUACGCAAACAACAUGAAUCUCUUUUCUGGAAUCCAUCAAGCUGCUCCCUCUUCAACCUCCCAACCACAACAAGACCCCCCUGCUCCGCCUGCUGCAAACGACCUCUCCCGCCCCACCGUCGACGCCAAAGCCCGCGAUAAAUUCUACAUGACCGCUGCAGAUCCAGCCGGCAAUGACACCCCCGAAGCUCGCAUGUUAAAACUGCUACAAGCAAAAUACGACGCCGGCAUGUUACGGCCCUUCAACUACGUGCGUGGCUACUCGCGUCUAAACACCUACAUGGAAUCCCACAUGCGACCACCCCUCCGUCAAAAAAUCUUGCGACAAUUGGAGAAGUUCCGUCCCAAGUUUAGAGAAGCCAUGCAUAAUUUGACGGAUAUCCAACUGAUUAGAGUGGAGAUGUGGUGGGAGUCCACACUUAUGGAAUAUGACCGCGUGUUUGCUAGUAUGGCAAUCCCAGCUUGUUGUUGGCGUCGCACAGGAGAAAUCUUUCGCGGCAACAAGGAAAUGGCGGAACUGAUUCAAGUGCCGAUGGAAGAGCUACGGGAUGGAAAAUUGGCGCUGCAUGAAAUCAUGGCCGAAGAUUCUUUAGUAUCCUACUGGGAAAAAUUCGGCGCUAUUGCUUUUGACCAGAGUCAAAAAGCCAUCUUGACGUCUUGCACGUUGAAGAAUCCUAGCGAGGAUGACGACGACGACAAGGACGACAAAGAUGGAUUGAGGAAAUGCUGUUUUUCGUUUACCAUCAGGAGGGAUAUACAUAACAUUCCUUCAGUUAUUGUGGGCAAUUUUCUGCCU